AUGAUCCGAUUUAAGAACAAUAAUCGUGAUGACGCUAAAUCAGCAUCUCUUCACCUGUCCCGAGAUUCAGAUACCUCUUUAAUGGAUGAUGGUAACAAUAAUUCCGACAUAGUGGAGCGUCGGCAAGAGAAGAUCCAUCGACAUCUGAAGUCGAGAAGUCUGGAUAGCAGGAGGUCUACGAAAACGCUGACACCAUCAAGUAGCCAACAUGGUGCUACUUUGAAACCAUUUUUCCCAGCAGCCCUCGUCUCAAAUUUGACUAAGAACUCAUUGGAAAUAUUGGAAUGUACUCUAACGAUGAGACAAAGCGCCACACAUGUAACCAGACUGAACACACGACUCAUCGAGUCGAUGGCUGGCGGAGAAAUGGCGUUUAUGAGCAGGAUGUUGGCAAUGGGAGCCAGCCCUAAUGCAACUUGCCGACUGAAUCACAUAUCGGUGUGCCACCUCGCAGCCAUGCAAAAUACUGACGUCUUGGAGUUACUCCUCAAGCACGGAGCUGAUGUCUCUAGAGCUGAUAAGGAGGGCAGGACGCCCCUGCACUUUGCUGCAUGGGAGGGAAACGCCAAACAGAUAGCUUUGAUACUCAACUUCCCUGAAGAUCUAAGGAAACGCAUUGUAAAUUGCGUUCCAUUGUCAUCGGAAUUGGUUGGGCAGAUAAGGUAUCACAGUACACCAGUGCAUCCGCUCACGAACAUGGCUUGCAACCCUAACGUAGAGAAGACACUUGAUGUAAACUGGAGCGAUGGAAUGGAACACAAUUGCAGGAAUAUCAAAGACAUGCUACCACCAUUCCAGAAUGAAAAGACAAAACAUGGAUGGUGCCAUGGAUGGACAGCGUUACACGCAGCUUGCGCUCGUGCCCAACACCAUUGUGUAGAACUCUUAAUUGCUGCGGGAGCUAAUGUAAACGCUCAAGAUGCGCUUUACAGGACUCCACUUGAUGUUGUCGGCUAUGCCUACUAUAUGGGGCACAAAAUUGAAGAAAAGGACUUUAAAUCAACGAUAAAUCUGCUUCUGACUUCUGGAAAACAAAUACAAAAACGAAGAUGUAGUCUCAGUUUUAAUUCUAUUGACACUCCCUUGCACACGGCAGUUGAGCUUGAAAGUGAGGCUUCGGUUGAGCAGUUGCUUCUGAGUGGAGCCUCUGCCACAGGUUGGAAUAGUGAAGGGUCCACUGCCAUGCAUAUCUGCGUCAAGAGACGAAACAAGGAACUUUUGCAGUUACUAGCAGAUUUUAAAUACAGCAAUGAAGAUCCCUAUUUGGCAACAAUAGAUGUGAAGAAUAAACAGGGUUUUACUGUACUCUAUGCUGCAAUCAAAGAAGGCUGGACUCAAGGCGUAUGCAUUGCUCUCGGAGCAAAAGCCAGCAUUAUUUUGAAGGCAAAUGGAGAUUCAGCCAUUCAUAUAGCAGCACAAGUGGGUAACAUUGAUAUUCUACAGCAGAUAGUAGCUAUUGCAAAAUUAACAAAUACUCUUGACUUUCGUAAUGAAAAAGGGGAGACGGCCCUUUUUAAAGCGAUCAGUCAUAAUCAAUUACACGUUCUCAAAAUACUUCUUUCCUCCGGCUCUAAUAUAGAACUGAAAACUGCUAUGGACACUAACGUUUUUCAUCUAGCAGCUAAACAUGGGAAUGAGGAUAUAUUGGAAUAUUUACUUGAAUAUAAUCCACAAGUAACAGCCAGGUUGAUAAACAAGUUUGAUAAUCUCGGCCCACCAUUGUUUUAUGCCGUCAGCAAUAAUCACACUGUAUGUGCAGAACUACUUAUUUCUAAAGGCGCACAAGAAAUAGUGUUUGUCAAAAUGAAAAGCAAGAGGUACCUUAUCUGUUGGGAGACAUGGUUGAAAAUCGGUUAUAUAACGCUGGCGGUUUUCUUACCUCGAAUUGUAUCAUGGGAGACAAAGACCAGUCCAGAAUGGGCGCGUCUUGUCGCCACAUUCGCUUUACUGUUUUCCUGGUUCGAAAUGAUGUUCUUACUCUCCAGAUUCCCUGACUGGGGAUAUUAUGUUUUGAUGUUUGGUAAAGUUGCAAGUAAAGUCUUAAAGAUUUUACUAUCUUUCGUUUUCUUAGUAUUCGGUUUCUCCGUGAGCUUCAUGAUACAUUUCCAUGCCAAGCCUCCGUUCGAGGGUCCCAUGGGUGCUUUCGUCACAACGUUGGUCAUGAUGACAUCAGAAUUUGAUUAUAAUGACUCUUUGAGAGCGCCGAUAUUGACAAAUGUGAGCAUCACGGCCGCUACGAAUUAUGGAAGGGCCCUACAUAAGUUCGGUGUGCUGUCACAAAUGUACAUCAAGGAAGUGAAUCCGCUAGAAGAAAUAAUGAUUUUACGAAUCCAUACUAAAAAAAAUGAAAUCAUGAUGGCGCCCGACAAUGAGUUCAACAUAAUAGUAAUACAACAUGCCCGAACUCGUCUCAAAUUGAAAGACAAGAAAGGAAAAGAUAAAACUAAAUGA